AUGAGUUCCAAAACACCCUCGGUCCAAGGGGCCACCGGAGGAAAGAUAUACAGGUGGACCACAGAAAGAAAAGUGGACCUCAGUACAGGAUAGGCUUCCCACUCGUUCCUGUUGGUCCCUGACUGCCCCUAUCCCCUUCUUGGGAGAGAUUUACUCUCUAAGCUGGGAGCCCACAUCUACUUCACUAAAAAGGGAGCUACUCUAGAAGGAAAAGAUGGAGCUCCACUACAGGUAUUAACCCUGCGACUGGAAGAUGAGCAUCGGUUAUAUGAAGAACCAAUAACAGGGACUCCUGGUAUAUCUGAUUGGCUAAUUAAAUUCCCCUCAGCAUGGGCCAAGACAGGAGGCCCGGGACUGGCAUCCAACCAGCCUCCAAUAGUGGUCACUCUAAAACCAUCUGACCCGGUUUCAAUCAAGCAAUACCCUAUUAGCAGAGAGGCCCAAGAGGGAAUUAGACCCCAUAUUCAAAGACUUUUACAAAUAGGCAUACUCUGCCCCUGUCAGUCACGUUGGAACACCCCACUGCUCCCCGUAAGAAAGCCAGGAACGAAUGACUAUCGACCGGUCCAAGACCUAAGGGAAGUCAAUCGGUGAAUAGAAGAUAUCCACCCCACUGUUCCAAAUCCCUACAAUCUCCCGAGUUCCUUGCCUCCCAGUCACAGGUGGUAUACUGUACUUGACCUGAAGGGUGCAUUCUUCUGCCUAAGACUGAGUCCAGUUAGCCAACCCAUCUUCGCUUUUAAAUGAAAAGACCCUAAAGCUGGAAUAUCGGGGCAACUGACCUGGACGCGACUUCCCCAAGGAUUCAAAAACUUCCCUACUCUGUUUAAUGAAGCUCUACACCGUGAUCUGGCUGACUUUCAGGUAAGGAACCCACAGAUUAUGCUUCUUCAACAUGUGGAUGACCUCCUCUUAGCGGCUGAGACAGAAGCUGGCUGUCUGCAAGGUACGGAGGCUCUCCUACUGAAACUAGGGGAACUUGGAUACCGGGCCUCGGCAAAGAAAGCCCAUUGCCUGCAACAGGUGAACUAUUUGGGCUAUAGGUUGGAGGGAGGGCAACAUUGGCUGACGGAAAGCAGGAAACAGGCAGUAGCCUCUAUCCCCCCACCAACCUCAGCCAGAGGACUGAGAGAGUUCUUGGGAAGCACAGGAUUUUGUAGAUUAUGGAUACCGGGUUUCGCUGCAAUAGCAGCUCCUCUAUAUCCUUUAACAAAGAGCGGGACCCCUUUUGUCUGGACUGAAGAACACCAGAAAGCUUUUAACAAAAUAAAAAGAGCGCUGCUGACGGCUCCAACGUUAGGAUUGCCAGAUCUGACAAAACCUUUCAUCCUAUAUAUAGAUGAAAAUAAUGGGAAUGGGAUGACAAAAGGGGUCCUUACUCAGACUUUGGGACCCUGGAAAAGGCCAGUAGCUUAUCUCUCAAAGAAACUGGACAAUGUGGCAACUGGCUGGCCCCCAUGCUUGAGAAUCAUGGCGACAGUAGCAUCCCUGGUUAAAGACUCAGACAAACUCACUAUGGGUCAGCCCCUAACUGUUAUAACACCUCAUGCAGUGGAGUCCAUCAUUAGACAACCUCCUGACAGGUGGCUGUCAAAUGCCAGGGUGACCCAUUAUCAGGCAUUACUAUUAAAUCCAGAAAAAAUCAAGUUUGGUAGCCCUGCCACCCUAAACCCAGCCACGCUGCUACCAGCCCCCAAGAAAGGCACUGGUAUUCCCCAUGACUGCCAGCAAAUACUUGCGGAGACACAUGGGACCAGGGCAGACCUCAUGGACCAGCCCCUAACAGAUGCAGAUGCCACUUGGUAUACGGAUGGGAGCAGCUUUCUAUGAGACGGUGAGCGUAAGGUGGGGGCGGUGGUGGUUGAUGGGGAAAAGAUAAUCUGGGCUCAAGCCCUACCAUCUGGAACAUCAGCCCAGCGGGCUGAAUUAGAAGCCCUGACUCAGGCCCUAAAAUUAGCAGAGGGCAAAAAGGUCAACAUUUACACUGACAGCCACUAUGCAUUUGCCACAGCCCAUAUACAUGGGGAAGUUUACCAGAGGUGAGGACUCCUCACCUUGGCUGGUAAGGACAUUAAAAACAAAGAAGCCGUAGUGGCCCUUCUGCAAGCCUUAUACUUGCCAAAAAAGGUCAGCAUUAUCCAUUGCCCUGGACAUCAGCGAGACCAGGGGCCGAUUGCUUGGGGCAAUUGGAUGGCAGAUGAAACUGCCCUUCAGGCAGCAGAAGAUACUUGUAUUCUUUACACCCAUUCGGACCUUGAGGCUGAAAUAGAAGCACCAACAAAAGAGGGAGAUGCUCUUUUCACCUACACUGAGCAGGACGCGGCCCUUGAGUUGAUCUCCCAACUUCACCAGUGGACGCACUUGGGACACAAGAAGCUAAAGACACUAUUAGAAAGAGAAGAACAAAUUUAUUAUUUCCCAGGCCUCAACCAACUAGUCCAAAAGGUAGUGGGACAUUGUGUCUCAUGUUCCCUGGUGAAUGCUACCAGGUCAAAGGUCCCAUCUGGUAAGAGAGAAAGAGGAACACGACCAGGGACUAACUGGGAAGUAGAUUUUACUGAGGUACUCCCAGGAAAAUAUGGGUAUAAAUACCUUUUAGUGUUUAUAGACACUUUUUCAGGGUGGGUUGAAGCUUUCCCCACCAGAAAGGAAACAGCUCAGACUGUGGUAAAGAAGCUGAUUGAAGAAAUCUUCCCUCGAUUUGGACUGCCCAAGGUAAUUGGGUCUGAUAAUGGCCCAGCCUUUGUCUCCCAGGUAAGUCAGGGAGUGGCCAAAGCAUUGGGGAUUAAUUGGAAAUUACAUUGUGCUUACAGACACCAAAGUUCAGGACAGGUAGAAAGAAUGAAUAGAACUAUUAAAGAGACCUUAACUAAAUUAGCUCUAGAGACUGGCACUAAAGACUGGGUGAAGCUCCUACCUCUAGCUCUAUUUCGGGCUGGAAAUGCUCCUGCUAUACAUGGCUUAACCCCCUAUGAAAUCCUUUUUGGAGGACUGCCUCCUGUCCUCAAUGUAACCUUGUCCCCCUUGACCUCUUCUUUUGAUAGUCCCAGCCUAAAAACAAGACUCCAAGCCCUCCAGAUCAUCCAGGACCAGGUUUGGAGGCCCUUGGCUGCUGUCUACUGGCCUGGGAGUCCACAAACAUCCCACUCCUAUCAGAUUGGAGAUCAGGUGUGUGUGAGAAGACACAACGUAAAGACUCUUGAACCACGGUGGAAAGGACCCUACACGGUUCUCCUGACUAUGCCCACGGCCCUCAAAGUAGACGGGAUUUCGGCCUGGAUCCAUGCUUCCCAUGCCAAGAAAGCUCUGGCCCAGAACGACACAGGAAAAUGGCAUCUCCACAAGACAUCCAAUCCUCUAAAAAUAAGACUCUCCAGAAGACGUAAUAAAUCCUCAUGCUUGUUGCAUCUCCUGGUUUGA